AACAGUUGCUCUGAAUCCUGCACAUCAGCACAGCUGUGAGGCUGCAGACCUAUUAAACAAGAGUUCAGAAUUGACCAGUUACAGUGUAGUUUGCAUGUUUCCUCUCCAACAACAACAAAAGGAUUCGGGGGUUUUCCACUCCAGGUUUUAGCCACUCUGAGCAAUCACCUUUCUUUCGACUUUCAAAAGUCCGAGUCAUUUGAACGAUUCGCUUAAUUGACUCAUUAUAAAGAUUUGUUUAGAUGCACUUGGUACUGCUACCCACACUACAACACAUGCUUACUACAGCUCGUGGGUUCGCUUCAGGAACUGACUGAACUGAGAAAAACACAGACGGAUGGUGCAAACACAAGCAGAUAUUGUAUAUAUCUUUGUAUAAUUAUAUAUACACACGGAAACAUUUUAAACCUACAUCAGUCCACAGCCAGCACGACUCGAAUCACUUCGAGACAUUCACGAACCGAUUCAGUGAGUCGGGAUCGGUGUGAUUCACGGAGCGUCAUGGCGGACUCGCACAGCAGCGGUAGCCACGUCCCGGUGUUGUUCUCCUUCUCUGUGUUCUCGAGGCCCUCGUCUGUGGCCCCGGGCUCCGGGUAUGAAGUGCUCAUCCAGAAGUUUCUGUCCGUGUACGGCCAUCAGAUCGAUGUUCACCGUAAGCUGGUGCUUCAGUGUUUCUCGGAGGAAUGGGGGCAGUACAUUGACUUACCGAAGGGCUUCACGGUGUCAGAGAAAUGUCGGCUGAGAUUAGUGCCUCUGCAGAUGGAUGUCACGACGCUGGGAAACCUCUCUCCGGCCACCACAGUCUUCUUCUGCUGCGACAUGCAGGAGAGGUUCAGACCGGCCAUCAAAUACUUCGGGGACAUCAUCAGCGUGAGCCAGAGGCUGCUGCAGGGGGCUCGUAUUCUGGGGAUCCCUGUGGUUGUGUCGGAGCAGUAUCCUAAAGGUCUGGGCAGCACAGUGCAGGAACUGGAUCUGACUGGGGCCAAAUUAGUUUUCCCCAAAACCAAGUUCUCCAUGGUGCUUCCGGAGGUGGAGGCCGCUCUGGCCGAGAUCCCAGGAGUCCGCAGCGUCGUGCUCUUCGGCGUCGAGACGCACGUGUGCAUUCAGCAGACCGCUCUGGAUCUGAUCGGAAGAGGGUUCGAGGUGCACAUUGUUGCUGAUGCCACGUCCUCCAGAAGCAUGAUGGACAGGAUGUUCGCUCUGGAGCGGCUGGCGCGCACAGGAAUCAUCGUCACCACCAGCGAGUCUGUCCUGCUGCAGCUCGUGGCUGAUAAAGAGCAUCCCAAGUUCAAAGAGAUCCAGAACAUCAUUAAAGCCAGCGCUCCAGAGUCAGGCCUACUGUCCAAAGUCUGAUCAGCCCAGCAUUUCCCUCGACACACACACACACACUGAAACCCCCACCAGCACACACACACGCGGUAGUAGUGAAAAAGGUACACUUAGUUUUAUUUGAUGUGCAUAAUUUAUGGUCAUAUAAUCCAAAAUGUCUAUGUCAGUGUCUGUUGUCUCAGAGCAGAUGAUCUGAAGAGCUGGAUCCAUCAUUACUGAAUCGGGUCUCUAUCCAGACGAGUAAAGAGUUCCCACUCAACUGCAGACAGGUGCUGAUGUUACUGAAACACACUCUGAAUGUAGAGUCAGUACAGCUCACUCAUGUCAUUAGAGGCCAUUGACAACGUAUGUUUUUCUUGUUUUUUAGAUAUUUGACUCUGUAACGCUGUAUAACCAGUGGAAAGCAUUAGUUUAGAAAGCUUGUUUCUCUUCCCUUCCUGUUUAUUAAUAGUUUAUUGUUCUGUAUUUUCAAAUCUGUAUUUUUCACAAGUCUGGUAUGAACAUCAAACUACCUCUCGUCUAAAUGUGCUGAUUCAUGCUUACAGUUCAGCCAAGUUACUAUUGAGUUUCUCUUUAAACUGUCAAAUAUUCAUAUAUGUCACAAGAUCAACACCUUUACCAAAAUUUGAAGCUUCUUCAGUGGAAGCAGAAUAUUAUUUUUUUAAGACCUGCUGUUACAGUCAUUUUCAAGAGUGAGAGCAUCAGAUUUGGUUCUACAUAUUUCCUGAAAGUGAUUUUUUUUGUGCACAUUUGUUUUCUGUUGUUUGAUUUGGUUGAAUUGAAUUUAUUGCUCAGACCCUAUAGACUGCAUUAGCUAUAAAAAGUGGAAACUUUCCUGAAUUGUCAUUUAGUUUGAUUUAUUGUUGUUUCUUUUGUGUGUAAGUGUGUAUUUGUGUUGAAACCAGAGUACGUUUUGUUGUGAAUGUGUAUAUUGGGGGGGGGGGAAGUGUAUUUAGUGCCUAUUGAUGAACAGUCACUACUGAUUGUACUGAUGUGCACAUUUUCUUUUUUUUUUUCUUUUUUUUUUUUUGUGGUGGCAAAAUUGAACUGUAAUCCACUGUUGAGCUUUACAGUUCCAAACAUGUUUGUGUAUCUGCUCUGUAUUUUUCUGAUAUGAAUAAAUGUUUAUAUGCACAAAGUCUAUAAAAGUCCAAAAACUAUUAGAUGCAGCAGUAAUCAGUGUCCAAACACAUUGAGAAAUGGAAGAAAUAUGACCCGUUUUCAAAUUUAGUACAACACAAUACAUUUAUUGUUGAAAUAUGGUGUAACUCAGAUUUCCUCUUCUAAACGAUUGAGUUAAGAUGUAAUUAUUGCCCCCUGUUGGUGAAACGUAAGAAAUACUGUAAUAAGAUUGCAUUUAGAGAAUAUUAAUAAUAUUCAGUGCCCAAUA